AUGUUAGAAAAAAAAUUAUAUGGAUGUGGCACAUUUCGAAAAAAUAGAAAAUUUUAUCCUAAAGAUAUUUUACAGUCUGACAAAUCAAUGAAAAAAGGUGAUUUCGAUUUUGUUCAAAGUGGUGAUAUUACAGUCACAAAAUGGAAGGACAGAGGUAAAAAUCCUGUAAUUGUAGUGAGCAACAUGCAUGAUGGAUCUGAAAAAAUUAAUGUAUUGCGUACAAAUUCUAUUGGUAGUCGUGAUUCAGUGCCUUGCACAGCAUCAAUAUCUGAUUACAAUAUGUAUAUGGGUGGGGUGGACAAGUUUGAUCAGUUGAUGGCUGCAUACAAUAUAAGUUGGAAGUCAAGGCGUUGGUGGUUGAAAAUAUUUUAUUAUUUGUUAGAUUGUUGUAUAGUAAAUAGUUUUAUAUGUUAUAAAGAGGAUUCAAAAAACAAAAAAAAAAAAUAUAUGUCACAACUCAAGUUUAGGUCGAAAUUAGCAACUGAAUUAAUUGGUAAAUUUUGUGUCAGAAAAAGAAAAAGUUAUACUCGUUCUGUUGAGCUUGGAAAUAAAAAAACAACAAAUAAUGGCACAUUCCAAGAUGUAGGUAAACAUGUUCCAAUUCAAGGCAAAUAUCGGAGAUGUGGUUUUUGUAGUACAAAAGAAAAACAAAAAAGAUCAAACUUAAUUUGCAAAGCAUGUGAUAAAGCUUUAUGCAAAAGUUGUUUUGGGCCUUAUUAUGGCUUACAAUAA